GCUGUUGCCGCGGUAACGGCAGCCAUGGAGGGCGGCGGGCGGCCCUCGGCCACGCAGGCCGCGUUGCUGGCAGCCAGCACGGCGCUCACCGCCCUCUUUUACUCCGUGUACCGGCAGAAGGCCCGCGUCGCCCGCGGCUUGGAGGGCGCCAGGAGGCUCCGGCUGGAUGGGGACCUGCGAGCGGUGCUGCUGGAAGCUCCGGGGCGAUGCGUGCCCUACGCUGUGAUCGAAGGUGUGGUCAGGUCCGUGAAGGAGACCCUGAGCAGCCAGUUUGUGGAGAACUGCAAGGGAGUGGUCCAGAGGCUGACACUGCAGGAGCACAAAAUGGUGUGGAACCGAACCACCCACCUCUGGAACGAUUAUGAAAAGAUCAUCCACCAGAGAACCAACACCACCCCCUUCCAGCUGGUCCCUCAGGAGGAAGGUGGUGACAUCGCUGUACGGGUGAUGAAGCCUCUGGAGGCUGCAGAGCUCAGCCUGGAGACCGUGUACGAGAAGUUCCACCCCUCGGUCCAAUCCUUCACCGACGUCAUCGGGCACUACAUCAGCGGAGAGCGCCCCAAGGGCAUCCAGGAGACAGAGCAGAUGCUGAAGGUGGGGGCGACACUGACGGGGGUGGGGGAGCUGGUGCUGGACAACACCACCCUCAAGCUGCAGCCCCCCAAGCAGGGGAUGCCUUACUACCUCAGCGGGGGGGAUUUCGACUCUUUGCUGCAAAAACACGAAUCCAGCGCCCGCUUUUGGAAAAUCCUCACCCUCCUCUUUGGCUUCGCCACCUCCGCCCUCCUCCUUUACCUCCUCCGCAAGCAGUUCCGGCAGCACCGCCAGAGGCGCCAGCUCAGGCAGAUGCAGGAGGAGUUCCGGCAAGCCCAGGAACGCCUGCUGAGGGAAGCGACCGCCGAAGGGCUGGGAGGGGAGACGCUCAAAAACGCCUGCGUCAUCUGCCUCGGCAACACCAAAUCCUGCGUCUUCCUGGAGUGUGGCCACGUCUGCUCUUGCACGGAGUGCUACCGAGCUCUGCCCGAGCCCAGGAGGUGCCCCAUCUGCCGGCAGCCCAUCGCCAGGGUGGUGCCUUUGUACAACAGCUGAACUUUAGUACCCUCCGGAAAGCUUUUGUUUGGUUUUUUUUUUUGGAAUUAAAGCUGCCUCUGGGGAA